CCAGGCUCUGGCCCUUUAACGUGGCCGAUGUAGAGCGUUCAUCCCCGCACCAUGGCGUCCACGCAGCCGAGGAUGAAGCGACCGGCCGGUGGCCCUUCCCUUCCCGCAGCGGAGACGGACCUGAAGCCGAAGCAGAGGCACCGGUAGAGGCACCGGUAGAGAAGCCUCACACCCCCACCCACCCAUCCACCCACCCCCCUCGAUGCCACCCCGGUCUCCUCCAUGCCUUCCUCCAAAGCCCGGCACAGCGACUCGAUAGAGAGGCGAGCCAGCCCGGGCGGCGGCGGAACCAUGAGCACGAGCCGGGAUUAUUCUGUUAAUCUGUCGGUGCAGCAGGUGCUGAGCCUCUGGGUGCAAGGCGCGACUCUGCAGCACUUUGCAGAGAUGUGGUACUGGGUGUUCCUGUGGUGUCUCUUCUCCUCGCUCUUUGUCCACGGGGCAGUGGGGCUGCUCAUGUUGGUCAUGCUGCAGCGCCACAAGAGGGGCCGCCUCAUCACCCUGGUGCUGGUCAGCGUGGGGUUCCUGGCAUCCCUCUCCGGAGGCGUCAUCACCAGCGCGGCGGUGGCCGGAGUUUACCGCGUGGCGGGGAAGGACAUGGCCCCGCUGGAGGCUCUGGUGCUGGGCGUGGGUCAGACCUCCCUCUCUGUGGUCAUAUCCUUCUCACGCAUCCUGGCCACUCUGUGAAGGACCCCCCCCCCCCCCCUCGGACACUGAUGAAUCGAGCCAAUCAGAGACUAAGAGGCAGAGAUGCUCUGGACCUUUAGAGCUAUAGAUGCAGGACAGAGCGCCCCCUGGGUCCCUGCUCUGUCUCUGCAACAGUCCCUCAGGGAUUCAGAGGGAACUUCAUGUAAGGCGGAGAUCAGGUGGAGAUGGAGGCAUCCUCAGCCUCUGGACUCGAACGCCACUUCACAUUCCGGGUGUUAUCCGGAGUUCCAGCGUGCCAAUGUCCAGAUGCCUGCGUGGCCCCUGACUCUUGAAUUCUUUCUGUUGCUCUUGCUGUGAAGAAAAAACCUGUUUCUUUAAAAGUGAAGCUACAGUGACGACCUGAAAUAAACGAUCAGCGAGAGGAGAGGAGGGGUUUAAUGGGGCGGAACCACGGACAGUCUUCAUCAGCGUGACUCGCUCUUCAUCAGCUCGAGGCCUCCAGGUCGAUCGCUCCUUUUCCUCCGUCGACUUCAAAGCUGCACCCCCCCCCCCCCCUUUUGCACUUUCUAAACGUUGGAGACGCUCUUUGCCUGAGACGUGUGAAACCAGUGGCUGUGGAGGAGAAAACCAGCAUCAGUGCUACGCUCGCCUCCUCCUUUUUUGAGAUAUUGAUUUGUCGUGUGCCAACCUGCAGCUCGGAAUGGAGACGUUCUGAGGAAACACAAUUAUUCACCUCCCCCCCCCCCCGUGUCUGUGCAGUAAAUAUGAAGCGGGAGUCGGGAUCUGAAUCGACCCCUCCGAUAAUCAGGGGGGAGUUAUUGAUCCGAGGUCGGCCUGAACAGAUUAUCAGCCACAAUGAUCCUGUCGAGGUUUACAGACACAGAAUCACAGUUUAAAUCAAAUAUCAGGUUUGAUUUUUUUUCUCGGUGACAGAAUAUUGAGCAGAACAUUGAGAUGAUUGGAUUGUGUUUAUUGCAGCAGGUCCACAGACAGUGGCCUCGUCCAUCUUCAUCCAGCUUCACUUCUCCUGCACAGACACCAGAGGGAAUCGAUCCUCUCGUCUUUACUCCCGACAGGAAAAUGAAUCUGUGUCCUGAGGUGUUGAAAUGUUUCUUAAAUGCAAAUAGUGAGAAAGUUUUUAAGAAAGUGGUAUUGAUAUUCAUAACGGCUUGUCGACAGUAUGAACCCCCCCCCCCCCCCC